GAAUCAGACCAUGUUUAGCUACUGUAUAUCCUUUGGUCACACUUGCUGAUAGGAUGGAGGAUGCUGUGGGAACUCAAUGGAGCCUUGUGUAUUACUGAAAUGUUUGUCGCUCGAAGUAUUGCAGCGGACCACAAGGAUCUUAUUCAUGAUGUUUCAUAUGAUUUCCAUGGCCGGAGAAUGGCAACUUGCUCUAGUGACCAAAGUGUCAAGGUGUGGGACAAGAGUGACAACGGAGAGUGGAACUGCACUGCCAGCUGGAAGACCCAUAGUGGAUCAGUAUGGAGGGUGACCUGGGCCCAUCCAGAGUUUGGUCAGGUGCUGGCCUCCUGCUCCUUUGACAGGACCGCUGCUGUGUGGGAGGAGAUCGUUGGGGAGUCCAAUGACAAACAGCGAGGACUCAGUCACUGGAUCAAGAGGACCACUCUGGUGGACAGCAGAACGUCGGUGACUGACGUGAAGUUUGCUCCUAAACACAUGGGUCUGAUGCUGACCACGUGCUCAGCAGAUGGGGUUAUGAGGGUCUACGAGGCUCCAGACGUGAUGAACCUCAGCCAGUGGUCCCUGCAGCAGGAGAUCUCCUCUAAACUCAGCUGCUCCUGUAUCUCCUGGAGCCCCUCCAGCUCCCGUGCCCACGCCCCCAUGAUAGCAGUGGGCUCUGAUGACAGCAACACAGCAUACAGCGGGAAAGUUCACAUCUAUGAAUACAUUGAAAACACAAGGAAGUAUGCUAAGGCAGAAAAUAUGAUGACGGUGACAGAUCCAGUCCACGACAUUGCCUUUGCUCCCAACUUGGGACGCUCUUUUCACGUGCUCGCCAUCGCCACCAAAGACGUACGCAUCUUCAAGCUGAUACCACUGAGGAAAGAGUCUGCAGCGGGGUCGUCUGGUCCCACUAAGCUGCAGGUUCAGAUCCUGGCCCAGUUUGACAACCACAACUCCCAGGUGUGGAGAGUCUCCUGGAACAUCAGCAGCACCCUGCUUGCCUCCUCGGGGGAUGAUGGCUGUGUCCGGCUCUGGAAAGCCAACUACAUGGAUAACUGGAAAUGUACAGCCAUCCUGAGAGGAGAUGGUAGCCCAGUGACGGGCUCGUCCAGUCAGGCUGCAGUCCCCAGCACAGCAGGGGGACCACAACAUGUCCUGCUGCAAGCGUCCUCCGCUGGAAGAAAGAAAGCUCAGCUGAUACCUGGCUAACGGAGUGGCUUGAUGCUGCUGCUUGUUGCAUGAACACACACACACACACACACACACACACACACAGAGGAAUGUAAAGGGAACUCCUUCACCCUGCAGACCAACCUCCCAGAAACACCUCUGAACCCUUUUUUAUGCUAAUCAAGAACCACACUGACUCCUAGAUCAGGGUUCUAGAUCAAAGUUCCAAGGUGGGUUUUAUGUCAAUAUUGACUGUUAUGCUACUGAAUGAAGUAUCCUGUUGGGGUGUAUCCGACUGGUUGGGGCAUUAUCUGAUAUUUUGCUGUAGAACUACAUGGGAGUAUGGGUUUAGGUGUGGUGAGAGAGAGAGAGAGAGAGAGAGAGAGAGGGAACCACUGGUGACAUUGCUGUGGGUUCUAAGACAUAAUGGGUGGGUUUAGGUGUGGUGAGAGAGGGAACCACUGGUGACAUUGUGGUGGGUUCUAAGACAUAAUGGGUGGGUUUAGGUGUGGUGAGAGAGGGAACAACUGGUGACAUUGCUGUGGGUUCUAAGACAUCAUGGGUGGGUUUAGGUGUGGUGAAAGAGGGAACAACUGGUGACAUUGUGGUGGGUUCUAAGACAUAAUGGGUGGGUUUAGAGUAACUUUACAAAAAUGUCUCGGUUUCCCAGAAAUCCAGGUUGGAACAUUCUUGGAAUUAGGAGAGAAUAAGCAGGAAAUCCCAGAACUUUUUUUUCCUUGAAAACCAGGAAACUUGCAACCCCAGAGUUUUGCAACCUUAAGUGGGUUCUAGUGAGUUCUAGGUAAUAUUUUGGAGGGUUCUGCAUAAUGUAAAUUACCCUGUGGUUCUGCCUGGUGGAUGAGGUAGUUCUGCCUGGUGAAUGAGGUGGUUCUGCCUGACUGACUGACUGGUGGAUGAGGUGGUUCUGACUGACUGGUGGAUGAGGUGGUUCUGACUGACUGGUGGAUGAGGUGGUUCUGCCUGACUGGUGGAUGAGGUGGUUCUGCCUGACUGACUGACUGGUGGAUGAGGUGGUUCUGACUGACUGGUGGAUGAGGUGGUUCUGACUGACUGGUGGAUGAGGUGGUUCUGACUGACUGGUGGAUGAGGUGGUUCUGACUGACUGACUGGUGGAUGAGGUGGUUCUGACUGACUGGUGGAUGAGGUGGUUCUGACUGACUGGUGGAUGAGGUGGUUCUGACUGACUGGUGGAUGAGGUGGUUCUUACUGACUGGUGGAUGAGGUGGUUCUGCCUGACUGACUGACUGGUGGAUGAGGUGGUUCUAACUGCUGGAUGAGGUGGUUCUGACUGACUGGUGGAUGAGGUGGUUCUGCCUGGCUGACUGACUGGUGGAUGAGGUGGUUCUGACUGGUGGAUGAGGUGGUUCUGACUGGUGGAUGAGGUGGUUCUGCCUGGCUGACUGACUGGUGGAUGAGGUGGUUCUGACUGGUGGAUGAGGUGGUUCUGACUGGUGGAUGAGGUGGUUCUGCCUGGCUGACUGACUGGUGGAUGAGGUGGUUCUGACUGGUGGAUGAGGUGGUUCUGCCUGGCUGACUGACUGGUGGAUGAGGUGGUUCUGCCUGGCUGACUGACUGGUGGAUGAGGUGGUUCUGCCUGGUGGAUGAGGUGGUUCUGCCUGGCUGACUGACUGGUGGAUGAGGUGGUUCUGCCUGGCUGACUGACUGGUGGAUGAGGUGGUUCUGCCUGGCUGACUGACUGGUGGAUGAGGUGGUUCUGCCUGGCUGACUGACUGGUGGAUGAGGUGGUUCUGCCUGGUGGAUGAGGUGGUUCUGCCUGGCUGACUGGUGGAUGAGAAGACGACGUCUGAGACUGACGUUAAAAUCUUUGGGGCGAUGAAUAAUUUAUGAAAAACAAUUAAUUCUGUAUAAUAAAGUUUGUUUAAUCCAGUG